CUUGAACCCCACAGAAUCAACGCCUCUCCCUCACAUCUUUCCUUUCGUUCUUGUCAACGCCCAAUUGACAAAAUGUUAUCCAGUACGAGAACGGCCGCGGGUUUGGCGCUCCGAGCCAAACCGAGCUCCGCCAUCAUCCCAUACCGGUCAAUUGCUGCGAUUUCGUCGUCGUCCGCGAAGCCUGCGAAUGCCGUGUCGCCGCAUAAUGUGCGAGGGAACGGGUCGCAAGGACCGCUGUUGAGCGUUACCGGCAAGGAGAGGCGCGAGGUGCCAUUGCCCAGCCAGGAGGGCAAGAAGGGCGUUAUGCAAUACGCAUUGACAACGCUCGAUCAAAUAACCAACUGGGCCCGUCAAGGCUCUUUCUGGCCCGUGACGUUCGGUCUUGCAUGCUGCGCCGUCGAGAUGAUGCACUUGUCGACCCCCCGCUACGAUCAAGAUCGUCUCGGUAUCAUUUUCCGUGCUUCGCCGCGACAGUCGGAUGUCAUGAUCGUUGCCGGAACUCUCACGAACAAGAUGGCUCCGGCUCUGCGACAGGUCUACGAUCAGAUGCCGGACCCCCGGUGGGUUAUUUCCAUGGGUAGCUGUGCGAACGGUGGCGGUUACUACCACUACAGCUACAGUGUGACCCGAGGAUGUGAUAGAAUUGUGCCGGUUGAUGUCUACGUCCCUGGAUGCCCACCUACCUCAGAAGCUCUGAUGUACGGAGUCUUCCAGCUUCAAAAACACGAGAAUGUGGUACCGGAAGUAGACUGCUCGGAGGAGGACUGGGGAUCGGGGAGCCAUUUUCCUGCUGUAUAA